UAUAUCAACCCGAGUUAAGAGGACUAAGAAGUGGCGUUAUUUAUUGUAACUUUUAUUUCCUGUGAUCUUUCUCUCUGUCUUUUUUUUUUUUUUUUGGUGUGCUUUAUAGACGAAGUAUGUGAAAGAGACAAUCUGAUAUUGUUAUAGCUUUCUGAUUUCACUGCUUGCCCCUCACGGAUUAUGUACGUUUUAAUACUUAUGUUGCCUAUUUUUAAUAAGGAUACUAUAAAGUAAUACACUGAACACGUGCCAAAAAGCAGGCUUACUACAGGUUACCACCCUCUUCGUUCAGUAUAGGACAUCCAACUUGUGUUCCAGUGAUGCUUUUUGCUGAUUAAAGCAAUUUUGUUUAUGGCAUGUUGCAGUGGCCACGUUUAAAAUAGCUUUAGGUUCGUCUCUGUGAGCAGAAAGGUGUGGGCAGAAAUACGUUUCACAGUGUCUAUUUCUGGCUUUCCAGUGCCUUUUAUUCAGAGGAGCUGUUAAGCGUUUCCAGAUGCGCGCUCAGAGCUCAGACGUAACAAUAUUGCCAUAUUUGGUAUGGCAGUAGCCUACAUUAUUAACAUAUUUCUCUUCCCCCUUUGGCCAGUAGACCACAAAGCAUUCCUGACAGCUAAGGCUUGUUAAAUAUGUUCUUCGCGCAGGGGGAAAUUCCUUAUGCAUUCUAUUUCUUAAUGCACAUUUUGGACUUUUUUUUCACGCAAUGUGUCCAUCACGGGGGGGGGGGGGGGGACCCCGUUGGAGGUAAAGUAAUCCACAUUUCCACCAGAGAUGUUGUGGUGUUGGUAGUGGGGAGCGGUCUCUUUUUUUAACUUCUAUUUUUUUAAUCGUGUGUGUGUGUGAGAGGAGGGGGGGGGGGGCUCAAUAAAUCCCCUUCCACCGAAUUUUUUCAGAAUCAUUCCGAUUGAUGAAAACUUUUUCCACACAAGAUGGAAACGACGUGCGUAAAGACGCACGUCGCGUAACCAUGAGUAUUCCAAAGAGGACACGUCGCGCGAGGGCACGGUGUUUGUUUAUCGGAGUGUGGUUUUUGACAUGAUGACGGCACUCUCGAGCCUCUCCGAUUUUGAACGUACCAAUUAAAGGAAAAGCGAAGAAAACAUGGCGGGUUUAAUGUCAGGCUUUGGUCAUUACACCCACGCCGUCGUCCGGGGAAUCCCCGCGUCCCUGGCCAAAGAAGCGCUCCGGAGCAGCCAGGCGGAGGUGGACCUGGCCGAGGCGCGGAGGGAGCAUGCGGCGUACGUCGAGGUGCUGGGGACGAGGCUCGGGCUGGAGGUGGUGGAGCUCCCCGCGGACGAGUCUCUCCCGGACUGCGUGUUCGUGGAGGACGUGGCGGUGGUGUGCGGUGACACGGCGCUCGUCACCAGACCCGGCGCGGAGAGCCGGAGGAGAGAGACGGAGUCGAUGAAAAGAACUCUGCAGGAUCUGAAUCUGAACAUUGUGGAAAUGACCGACGAGAACGCCACACUGGAUGGAGGAGAUGUUCUGUUCACAGGUCGAGAGUUCUUUGUGGGCCUUUCCAAACGGACCAAUCAGAGAGGAGCAGAGAUUCUAGCGGAUGCCUUUAAGGACUACGCCGUGUCGACCGUGCCCGUGCUGGAGGGUCUGCACCUGAAAAGCUUCUGCAGCAUGGGAGGACCGGGCCUCAUCGUCAUCGGCUCCAGCGACCCCGCACAGAAGGCCCUCAAAAUCAUGCAGCAAAUGAGUGACCACCGCUACGACAAGCUGACGGUGCCUGACGACUACGCUGCCAACUGCAUCUACAUGAACCUCCCCAAUAAGGGACAUGUGCUGCUGCACCCCACCGCGGAGCAGUAUCCAGAAAGCGCAAAGGUGUUCGAGAAGUUGAAGGACUACAUGCUGAUCCCCGUGUCCAACAUUGAGAAGGUCAAAGUGGAUGGAGCCCUCACAUGCUGCUCGGUACUCAUCAACAAGAAGGCCAACGUCUGACUGGGGGUUCAUCAAACCUAUCUUGUCAAUUUAGAGGCAGGAUAGGGACGUUCACUUGUGCUGGAGGGACAGUGAACAUAGAAAUUGGAGGGAACCAUCUGGUCUCGCUUUUCCCUCCAAACACUCAAAUUGCAUUUAACUUUCUUUAGUGUGUGAAUAGAUCAAUCGACAUAAAACACAAUUAUUGAUGAGGUUUAUUAUUAUGUUCCUAUAAGAAUUUUGAUAUUACAUCAAAAUUAGUCUUAUUUUUCUCUUGAUUUGACAACUCUAGCACUUACAUUUUUCUCUUGAUUUGACAACUCUAGCACUUACUUUCAAAAGUUAAAUACGAGGCAUUCUGGGGUCAUGAAUUCUCCCCACAUCGAGUCAUAUUAUCUUUCUUGACAGUAUUUACUCCAAUUGGUCUCCAAACUAAUCAAAUUUGAUUCAAGUCAAUCUGAUCUCAGAUCAGGGGGACGAGUAGACCACGUGCCAUGUUGAGCAUGUGUUCAUGGUAUUUCGGAGCAAAAUUUAGCGGGGAAAAUCCUGCUACUUCUGUAAUAUGACAAUCUUAAACAAGGUGAAUUAUUGCUGCUUCUUUACAGUUGGUGCUGAGCAAAAUUCAUGACUCUACAUUAUUUCAAAACAACUAACUUUAUCAAAAUGCAUGGCUGACUACAAGGUUUUGAUUUCGCCUUUGAUAACUUUGUUAUAAUUAUUCACGAGUGAUACACAUACUGCUAUUGAGACCCUAGGCGGCGUUACUUUUCUCUCCUAAUAUUUUGUAAUCAUUGUUCUUGAACGUUACGAGACCGGAGACGUCUCAAUAAUUGCAACACGCUAACGGUAGCCUGUUAUUCGAAAAAGACCACCUGUGGCUAUUUGGCUUCCCUCCUGGCGAGCCCUUGGUUAGAUAUAUAUGAGGAUGCAAACACAUUGAUUUGUGCCCAACCCUACAAAGGACAGAUAAAAGCUGCCUUUUUGGGGGAUGUAUGUUUUCAUUACGGAAACUAAAAACACAUCUUUUCCGACAAUACCUUGAAUAAAAACAGAUUAGCACUUCAGUGGCACUUGAAUGGCACUUAAUUAUGUAUUACUCAUGGUAUUAAUUAUAGUAUUACUUAUGGUAUUAUUUAUAGUAUAACGUAUGGUAUUACUCAUAGUAUUACUCAUGGUACUACUUAUGGCACUUACCUAUGGUUUGUUUGUAGUUUGGCUUUCUUGAAGAAACAUUAAAUUCUUGAUUGUUGUAGUUCUGGGUUUGUACUCGUGGAUGAUGCACUUAUUGUAAGUCGCUUUGGAUAAAAGCGUUAGCUAAACGACAUGUAAUGUCAUGUAAUGCAAUUCCAAUAAGAUGAACUAACCUUUCUGUCAUUCCAACAUAACACCUCUGCUCUCCUAAAUGUACAACGUCUACAUGGUAAACCAAUGCCAUCCCUCCUUCUCAAUGAUGGCGAAUACACUGUAGUUUUCUCACUCCAGUGGUUCUGCCAGUGUUGUUGAUGACAUAGUUGUCGUUUGUAUGUCUCGGAGCAUGCUGGGAAACUGAUGUUCAACUAAAUCCAGUAGAAUUAAGUGUGACUGCAGAGUGUCUGCAGAACAAGCUGUUUGAUGUGUUUCCUUGUGGUCGUUUCAAACACGAGUUUAAAGGGUCGUUGCUGUGCUCUUAUUUUGGCGGUCUUAUCUAUGUCGUUGCUGAAUUCAUGUUUGAGGCCUGCAGAUGUGACACCAUCGGGUAUGUAAAUAAGUAAACUGUAUAUGCACUAUGUACUGUACACGUUGAAGCCCCAUCAUCGGUGAAAACCAUGUUUUUUUUCUCAUUAUGAUUGUAAGUGAAAGUUGAGGAAAUGACAUCAGGAGGUGAUUCAACCUCCCUCUGUACACGUUUGCACAUGGGCAACCGGGCAGUGAUGAAACAUGGAAAGAAUUCCCGUCCGGAGGAGAGAGAGAGGGCUCGUACACCAGUAAACACCGACUCCUUUAAACUUUCUCUGCCUUUCCGCUCACUCGCUCUCCUAUUGCCUCAUUGACAAUCCAUGAUAAUUUAUGGCCAUGAUAUCACAGUCUGGCGAAACACACCGUGGAUGUGAUGGCCUGCCGUUAAAAGUGUGACACUCGUAUAUUUUAGAGAAGGCGGCUGGCUGGCUGGAUGCAGGAUGAUAGCAUAGUUGCAGAGCAUCCAGUUCUGAUGCUCAGUCCAGAGCGCCGAGCCAGACCCGUCAUACACCGGUCUGAUUAUUGCACGGUCAAUCCUUGGAUUUUAUCUAUCAUCGUCAUCCCCGUUCCCAUCGCUCCAAAAUCAACCAUCGUUUGUGGAGCUCUGGGGCGCCAUAACCUUCUUCACUGAUUCAUAACAUUUAUUACAUGUUUGGCUCUGGAGGUUGUCUGUGAGUAAUUGCUCUUGAAGAUGUAUGUUGACUCUGUUGAGGGUUUAUUCCUCCUCCUGCUAACCCCCCCCCCCCCCUCACUCAUCACAGUUGUCAUAAUGGUUGCGAUUUUCUUUCUUUUGUCCUUUUGAUUUCAUACAAAUUGUGAGUGAUGAUAAUUUGAGGCAUCUUAAAUUGUCUACUUUUGUGUAAUAAAUUAACAUGGAGUAUUCAA